AUGGCCGGAGCAGCAAACGAUCUGAAGCUACUGGGCAUGUGGGCGAGCCCGUAUGUCCUGCGGGUGCGCCUUGCUCUCAGCAUCAAGGGCAUCAGCUACGAGUACACAGAGGAGGACCUCCGGCACAAGAGCGAGCUGCUCCUCCGGUCAAACCCCGUCCACAACAAGGUCCCCGUGCUGAUCCACGACGGCAAGCCCGUCUCCGAGUCUUGUUGA